AGAAUGUAGUACCUAAUUUGAAAAAAGCACUACCUGUACGCCCUAAGGUGUGAACUUAUUUUGCCAACUGUCAGAAAUCAAUCAUAAAUAUAUGUUUUCUCUAUAAAAAUAUGUCUAAUGGUAAAAAAUUGCACGAGGCAUUAAAAGAACUUAGUUGGAUCGUAGGAAAAUGGAAGUCGAUAUGCGGAGAAGUAAAGUACCCCACCAUGAAAAAGCCAGUGCAGUUCCUGGAGGACUUGGAAUUUAUAUAUGAGGGUCAGCCGUUGCUGAGUUAUAAAUCGGUAACAAGACACCCAGAGACGAAUAACUUAUUGCACUUGGAAAGAGGGUUUUUAAGGGUGGAUGAGGAUAAAUGUACAUUAGCUUUUGUUACCGGGAUGAAUUUCGGAAUCGCCACCCUGGAAGAAGGUUAUGUAAAAGACAAAAGUAUCGUCUUAUCCAGCGCUUGUAUCGGAAUCAUGAAAUUUGCCAAACAAACCGUUUUAGGUAUACAGCGUUGCUAUCGUCUGAACGAAAACGGCGAACUCGAAUAUACUUUAUGUAUGGAAACAGGAAACACUCCUCUGACGAAACACGUUGACGCCCUAUACGAGAAGGCCGAUGAAGAUAAAUGCCAAACCAAAUGCUAGCUAUAAUAUAUUAACAAUUUUUAAGUAUAAAUACAAUUUAAAAUAAAAAAAGUUAGUUGGCGUCAA